AUGCUUCUUUCUUCUAGGUUUGAAGGAGUUGGCCGAUGUAAUAGGCCAAAUAAGAAGAAGAAGGCAGUGAAGACCGCGAAGACUGAUGGUGCGUCUUCCUCGGUUGUGGUUGCAGGAAAAACAUUGCCCGUGGUCUCGUCUUCGCAAGCUCAGUUGGCCGUAGAUCCGUCUGGCAUGAUGGAUGUGGCCUCGAUUCCUCUAACGCGGGGUGCUGGAAAAAGGUCUUUGGAGCAGGGCAAUCUAGUUGUGACCGCUAAGCGUGCCAAGGCGAGUACCUCUAAUGCGAAGGCAUGGGAUCAACAUGGCAAGGCCGUGAAGCAGCCUGACUAG